AUGACAACGGUGAAAUUAACGAGAGAAUCGGAAGAAGAUUCAUUCGGUUCCAGGCGUACUUGGCAAGAUUUUUACUGUAGACAAUUAAGUAUCGUCUUAUCAAAACAUUCCGAUAUGCAUAAGAAAAGAUUCUACGAUGUCGUAAACUGUAAUCAUUUAGCGUGGUAUUGGCGAAAUAUCAGUGACCACCAUAUUCUUCGCAAGGAAAGAACACGAAUAAAGGAGAAAGUAUCAAGUAUCUUACAAAUUGUGAUAACAAGGAAAAUUGAAUCUAAUCUCACUAAUAGCAUAGUUGAUCACAAUUAUAUUUCUACUUUACGGCAUCAAGUUUACGCACAAAUGUCGAAACGAGGCAUAAUUGGACCCAUUUUCCAUACUUAUGCAGCAAGUUGUGGCAAGAAUAUGAUUUAUUAUCGGAUAUGUCGUUCUGAUUUGUCUUCCAGCAUGGAAUUUGAAUGUUCCACGAUAUCAGCUUGUCAGUGCAAACAGGGUUUUAUUAAAAAGCGCAUUAAUGGUGUGACAAUUUGCGACCAUCAUCGCCAACUAAGAAAAUAUGAAAAAAAUAGAAAAACGAUUGUGAAGACGGAAGCAGAAUCCGGAGAUUUGGUUAGUUGUGGUGUGAAUAUGGUUUAUCUUAGAUAUUGCCAUUCCAAUUCACCUCCCACAAUAAGAUUUGUUUGUUUUAUGGCAACGCCUUGUCAAUGUGAAUCUGGGUAUACCGAAAGAAACGUGAAUGGUACCAUUAAGUGCAAGUUACAAGCGAGAAACUAUAAAACAGCGGUCACAUUGAUAGCAACGACUGAAUACUUUGAUUUUGUUAGUUGUGGCACGAAUAUGGCUUAUCGCAGACUCUGUCAUUCUUAUACUUCUCACACAUCGAAAUUUUUAUGUAAAGCGAUAACGCCAUGUCAAUGUCAAUCGGGCUAUGCUGGAAAGAACGUGAAUGGUACCAAUGUUUGUGAGCCGAAAGUAAAAAAACAAUGA